AUGACCGAGACGAUCGAUCCACAAUUAUGCGAGGCCAAGGCGCUGAAGGCUCUCAUUCCGGGUCUCUUGGCCGAUAGGGAGAUCACGGAUGAUGGACGCCUGCACGUCGACUUACAAGAAAACUGUCCGCGCCUUGCGAGCUUUCUCGAUCUUCUACGGCGCCAAUCCGAGAACCAUCGUCCGUGGAUGCCUGAAGACAGUACAACGCGAUUCCCGCUCCGCUUGAAUGUGGUCAUACACGUUGUUGGGUCUCGUGGGGAUGUGCAACCCUUCAUCGCGCUGGGCCAGGAGCUGCAGCGACACGGUCAUCGCGUACGACUCGCAACACAUUUAGUGUUCCGAGACUUUGUACGCGCCCAUGAUCUGGAGUUCUUCAACAUCGGAGGUGACCCGGCGCAGCUUAUGUCGUUCAUGGUGAAGAACCCGAACUUGGUCCCAAAGGUGGAAGCCAUCACCCAAGGCGACAUCAGUCGGCGGAGGAAGGAUGUGCGUCAGAUCCUUGGGGGCUGCUGGCGGUCAUGUUUCGAACCUGGAGAAGGCCUUCAUCCCUUCAAUCCAGCCGAGUGUACCGGUGUGCUGCCGUUUGUCGCUGACGCCAUCAUUGCCAACCCGCCUAGCUUUGCACACAUCCACUGCGCGGAGAAAAUGGGGAUUCCGCUUCAUUUGAUGUUCACGAUGCCAUGGUCGCCCACGCAGGCCUUUUCACAUCCACUGGCAAAAGUGCGCUCAACCAAUAAUAGAUCAUCGGUGGGCAAAUUGGUGUCAUACAUGAUAGCAGAGACGGUGAUUUGGCAAGGCGUCGGUGACUUGAUCAAUGAAUUCCGACGUCAUGAACUGGGGCUGGAGCGACUGGAUUCUAUGCGCGCGCCCAGUCUUCUUUCGCGAUUGAGGAUUCCUUUUACAUACUUGUGGUCUCCUUCCCUGCUGCCGAAGCCUGACGAUUGGCUGGAUCAUAUUGAUGUAGCUGGGUUCUCUUUCCUGCCGCCAGAUGACAAAUACAAUCCGCCUCGAGAUCUGCUCGAGUUUCUUGAAGCUGGAGAACCUCCCAUAUACAUCGGCUUCGGGUCGAUUGUUGUCGAUGACCCGGAAGCACUCACGCAUACAAUUCUCGAGGCUGUUCGACUCUCCGGUCAACGCGCAAUCAUCUCCAAGGGCUGGGGUGGCAUUGGUGCAGAUGAAAUUGACGCCUCAGAUGUAUACUUUCUAGGUAAUUGCCCGCACGACUGGCUCUUUUCUCGAGUGUCUUGCGUUGUCCACCAUGGAGGUGCAGGGACAACAGCAACGGGAUUGGCUUUGGGUCGACCCACCGUCAUCGUUCCGUUUUUCGGCGAUCAGCCUUUCUGGGGGAUGCUUAUAGCUAGCAAUGGUGCAGGACCUGCACCGAUCCCUUUCAAACUAUUGACAGCUGCAAAGCUUGCUGGUGCGAUUCGCCACUGCAUGGAACCCGAGACUCGAGAGCAAGCCAAAGUCCUGAGCUGUAAGAUUCAAAAUGAGGAAGGUGCUAAAGCAGCGAUGGACAGCUUCCAUGCACACCUUGAUCUCAAAAGACUGAGAUGCGCAUUGUGUCCUGACCGUCCGGCUGUAUGGCGCGUUCAGCACACCAGCGUUUUUCUCAGUGCAUUUGCUGCUACUGUCCUCGUCCAUUCGAGGCAGCUUGACCCGAAGAAUGUCAAAUUGCUUCGAAUUAAAUCCUAUGAUACAAAUCUGGAUCCCGGUGUUCCAGGUCUUCCCGGAGCUGAGAUGUUUGCCGGCUCUCUCACGAACUUUUUCACGGGUCUUGUCGAGAUGCCAGUUCAGCUAGUCCAGAACUUUGCACGGUCGCCCUCUAUUAGAUUUGCCGAGAGGUAUAGCCUUACAAGCUAUUGUGCAACGCAAGCAUCUAUUUCCCCGGCGAGCUUGACAAAAUUCUCAGACAAGCCUGAAAAACGUCAACGAGCGGACUCUGGUAUCUCUAUAACUCCUUCAAACCUUUCAUUAGAGUCCUCGUCCAGCCAAAGUGCCCUCAACAUGCCGUCUAUGGACCGUGGCACGGCAUCCUUGAAGAACGUACUCAUCAGUUCAGGCUACACUGGACGUCAGCUUCUAGACUGGAUUAUCGAGAUCCCCAUGAGCAUUACAUUUCUAAUGAGCCACACGUUCCACAAUGCUCCUCGAUUCUACCACGAUGAGACCGUGAGGGUAGCACCGAUAGCCACGGGAGUUAAGUCGGGGUUCGUGGCAGCUGGCCAGGAAUUUGUGUACAGCUGGUACGAUGGCAUUACUGGGGUUGUGACACAACCCCAUCGAGGGUGGGAUAGCAAAGGCGCUUCUGGGUUGGCCUCCGGUUUUGGCAAAGGAGUUGGAGGGCUGCUGAUCAAACCUCAAGCUGGUCUGUGGGGCCUGCUUGGAUAUCCUCUGAAUGGGGUUCAUCGCAGCAUUGCCAACUCUUAUGGGCAAAGCCGACGAUGCUGCGUGGUCAAGUCACGUAUAGCCCAGGGCCUUGCGGAACUUCAAUUGGCUUCGGAUGGUCAGCGGGCAGCCGUUCUGGCGCGUUGGAAAGAUCAUUAUGAAAAAGAGGUGAAGGCUAAAUUGGAGAAAGGAUAA